UCUCUAAUGUUUAGUCAUUGUUAAAAAACACAGAUGGAUUUGUUUUGACCAAAACAACAUUAAUAGUUUGAAAUUUAAUAAGGUCUAGCCAUGUCGAAAUCUCCCCUUAUAGCGACAAUGAUAAGACAUACAACUUGCCGGAAUAAUGUCUAUCCGCGAAGUGAUGUUAAACGAUUUUCUGUUCCCGAUGAAAAACUACCAUGGUCGGUAAUAUAUACCGGGUACGAGCCACCCUCAUAUACAGCUCCACAUAUAAAUGGUCAAAUUUGGGCAGAUCCAGAUUUACAAAAUGCAGAAUUUAAACCUCAAUGGAAUGCCUUGGAUGGUAAAAUUAAUCGUGUCUCUUACAAUGGUGAAUACAAACUAGAUGAAGGUGGACAUCCUCUGAAUCCAAUGGGUCGGACUGGCUUAAGAGGUCGCGGCCUAUUGGGACGUUGGGGUCCAAAUCAUGCAGCUGAUCCAAUAGUGACAAGAUGGAAACGUGAUAGUCAAGGCAAUAUUUUAAAAAGCCAAAUUACCUCCAAAAAUAUAUUGCAAAUGGUUGCCAUACAGAGACAUGAUAAUAAAAUGUGGGCCAUACCUGGGGGAAUGGUGGAUCCUGGCGAAAAAGUAAACGCCACACUUCGUAGAGAAUUUAUGGAAGAAGCUUUGGAUAGUUUCAAGGACAAGGAUAUGGUUGAGGAUUUCUUCGCCACGGGCACGGAAGUCUAUAAAGGCUAUGUGGAUGAUUACCGUAAUACUGACAAUGCUUGGAUUGAGACAGUGGCUUAUAACUAUCAUGACGAAUCCGGUGAACAAGUUGGUAAAUUGGAGUUGUCUGCUGGUGAUGAUGCAGCAGGAGUCCAAUGGAUGGACGUUGACAGCGGAAAACAAUUGCAUGCAAAUCAUUCGUUUAUUGUGCAGAAAGUUGUCGAACUAUUAAACGCCCACUGGUGAUGUUGUUAA